AUGGGGAUCGUUGGAGCAGGCGGCGUGUUGGAGGCCGCUCGGCCGGUGGCAGCGAUGGUGGUGGUGGAGCUCGUCUUCUCGGCUAUGCAGAUCUUCAUCAAGCUCGCGCUCGACGACGGCAUGGACGUCCGCGUCCUCGUUGCCUACAGGCCCAUGUUCGGCGCCGCAUUCCUCUGCCCCGUCGCCUUCCUCGUCGAGAGGAAGAAACGGCCACCACUAACCGUCAAGGUUGUGACAGGGUUGUUUUUGUGUGGACUUUUCGGAAUCACCAUGAACCAGAACCUGUUGGUGCUUGCCAUGAAGCUGACGAAUUCGACGACCAUCGUUACAGCUCUUAGCAACCUCACCCCUCAAGCUACCUUCAUCGUCGCAAUCUUGACCAGGAUGGAGACUUUGAAGCUCAGAAAGCCCAGCGGUCAAGCGAAACUGGCGGGAACCCUGGUUGGGCUGGGCGGCGCGAUGCUGCUCACGUUCUACAAGGGCCCGGAGAUGAGGUUCCUCCACCGCCUGGCGCACACCGGGAUGAGCCAUGCCAGCGGCGGUCGCCCGCAGCCGGCGGUUGGUUCUCGGAUACUCGGCUCGUUCCUCGCCAUCGCCGGCUGCUUCAGCUAUGCGAUCUGGCUCACCGUCCAGGCCAAGGUCGUCCAGGUCUACCCGUGCCACUACUCGAUCGCCGCUCUGGUGUGCGUCUUCGGCGCGGCCCAGUCGACGCUGCUCACGCUCUGCAUCCACAGGGACGCCGGCCACUGGAGGCUCGGGCUCAACAUCAGGCUCUACUCGUCGGCUUACGCGGGCAUCGUGGCGUCCGGGUGCGCCUUCCCGCUCAUGUCGUGGUGCCUGCAGAAGAAAGGGCCCCUCUACGUCGCCAUGUUCGGACCGCUCAUCGUCGUCUUCGUCGCGGUCAUGAGCUCCGUCGUCCUUAACGAGGCCCUGCACAUCGGAAUCGUACUUGGUGCUGUGCUGAUCGUGGCGGGGCUGUACAUGGUGCUGUGGGGCAAGGCCAAAGAGGAAGAUGAACAAGAAGCCGAUGCUCCAAAACUUACUGAUAAAGACGACGAGCUGGGAACGUUCCACAGGCUAACCGUGAAGCAUAACGAGGAAAAUACUACACUUUAGAAACGCUUUU